ACAGUUUUGGGCGGGAAAUUACACAAUGUAGAUUACAGAUUUGGGCAAAGAGCAACUUUUUUGCAGUAUGGCAACUUUAUCAGGGGAGAAGAAAAUGGCUGCAAAUCAAAUACAGAGUGAGGAAUAUGUUGUUAUUUAAUGCAAAGUCAUGGAUGAACUGGACGGUAAUCCCAGUGAAAGCCAGAGCCCUGCUGCAGAUCCAGAGGAUCCACAGAAAUGUCCUCCAGUUGUCACAGACAUUGGUGCCUUGAAUUGCUCCUCUCUGAAUGUUGAGAGCUUUAUUGAGCAAUCUAUUGCUAUCAUUAUGGAAGACGUGGUGAAAAAGGCCACUGAUGUCACAGAAAAGGUUUGUGAGUGGCGAUCCCCCGAGCAGCUGAAGGAGCUGUUGGACCUUGAGUUGACAGAUGGAGGAGAGUCAGAGUCCAAGAUCCUGCAGCACUGCAGAGAUGCCAUCAGAUACAGCAUCAAGACCACCCAUCCUCGUUUCUUCAACCAGCUGUAUGCUGGGAUGGAGCCCUAUUCCAUGGUGGCAAGCUUCAUCACAGAGGCCCUCAAACCCAGUCUGUACACAUAUGAGGUGGCUCCAGUCUUUACCCUGAUAGAGGACGCUGUGCUGAGAAAGAUGAUGGAGAUGAUCGGCUGGGAGGAAGGAGGAGAUGGAAUCUUCAAUGCAGGUGGCUCAAUGUCCAACAUGUAUGCUGUGAACUUAGCCAGGUACCAUCACUAUCCACACAUUAAAGAGCUUGGCCUCUCUGCUGCUCCACGACUGGUCAUCUUCACUUCACGUGAGUGUCAUUACUCGAUUUCCAAAGCAGCAGCUUUACUGGGUGUUGGCACCAAGAAUGUUUAUGUAGUGCCAUCUGACAACAGAGGGAAGAUGAUUUCCUCAGCUCUGGAGGAGCAAAUAAAGACCGCUAAAAGUGAGGGUGCAGUUCCCUUCAUGGUAAAUGCCACAGCAGGGACCACAGUGCUCGGAGCUUUUGAUCCCAUCGAGGAGAUCGCAGACAUCUGUGAGAAGUACAACCUGUGGCUACAUGUGGAUGCAUGCUGGGGAGGAGCAGCUCUGAUGUCUCAGAAACAUAAACACUUGUUAAAAGGCAUCCACAGAGCCAACUCUGUGGCCUGGAACCCUCACAAGAUGUUGAUGGCAUGCCUGCAGUGCUCUGCUUUCCUGGUCAGAGACAAAACACAUCUCCUCCAGCGCUGCCACUCUGCCCAGGCCUCCUACCUCUUCCAGCAGGAUAAGUUCUAUGAUGUCAGCUACGACACGGGAGACAAGUCUGUCCAGUGCAGCAGGAAGCCCGAUGCAUUCAAGUUCUGGCUCAUGUGGAAGGCUUUGGGAACCAGAGAGCUGGAACAGAGGGUGGACAGAGCCCUUGCCAUGGCCAGAUAUCUGGCACAAGAGGUCGAGAAAAGAGAGGGUUUCCGUCUGUUGAUGGAUCCUGAAUAUGCAAAUGUUUGCUUCUGGUACAUUCCACCAAGUCUGAGGAACCUUUCAGAUGGGCCUGAGUUCUGGAAAAAGCUUCACACUGUGGCCCCCGUUAUAAAGGAGCGCAUGAUGAAGAAGGGCAGUAUGAUGGUGGGCUACCAGCCGCAUGGAGACAAGGCCAACUUUUUCAGGAUGAUUAUCAUCAGUCCUCAGGUCAGCAAACAAGACAUGGACUUUGUUCUGGAUGAGAUACACAACCUGGGAAAGGAUUUGUGAUGAACUGUCAGUGUCAGUGAAGAUCCUCUGUCCCCCACUUCAUUCGUCUGUCAUGGAAUGGACUUGUGGAUAAGCAGGAUAUUCUCUCCACGUUCAGGAAAAAUUCAUGUAUUUUACUUUUCACGACGUUGGAGCUCUGCUCGAUGUCAAAGCACAAAAGUGGCGUUACAGCAUGUUCUCUCUUCUCCUCUCACUUUUCUCAAAUUAAAAGUAAAAAUCACCAAUCAAUUGAAAUAUCCAAAUCUAAUUUAUGAUUUCAUGAAGCUUGCUCUUCCACAUGUAUUUGUUGAAUAGGAGAUGUUACAAUAAUAAUACAUCUUUUUUAUUAUGGAUAAUAACUGGGGAAUAUUUUUUAAGUGGUCACAGUACUGUUUAUAACUGCUGAAAUAAGAGUCAUUUGUGUUUUGCAUAUUUCAAAUAUAGUUAUUUCCACAUUAUACUCACCAAGCAUGAAUAAAGUACAGUUGUUAAAAAAAAUACAAACUUGGACUGUGGAACUGUAAAUAACUUUAUAAUCUCAAAUAAAGAAAAAAGAUCUACUGAC